AUGGCGAUCGUGUCAGAUGACGAGAUUCCGUCAAAGCGAGAGGUCUACACAUCAGACACCACCAGCACUGAUGACAAUAAUUUCCAGCCGUUCGCGCUGCCCGACGUCGGAGUUGAGCCUGCUGAUGGCUUUCCUGCCGGGGAUUUACCACUUGCGGUGAUCCCUGCUCCUAUACCUCUUGCUGCUUUUCCAGUAUUAGACAUGCCACUCGAUGUCGUUUCUGACGACGACAUUGAUUUAUUCGAGGAGGAUCCACCUGAGGCUGACCAUGAGGGCGGGGCCCCUAUUGUUACUGACGUCAUUCUUCCCAUUGCUGAGGCCCCUAUAGAGGAGCUUCCUGUUGGUUCACCUGUCCCAGAUUCCUUUGAGUCUGUGGCGUCUGCAUCCUUACACACUCAGGGAGUGCAGCAUCACUCUCCUGACACCCCGACAUGGCGUUAUCAGCUGCACCUGCUCCCGCACACGAGUUCGAGUUUGACCACGAGGUCGAUGAUGAUCUUGAUCCAGUCUUUCCCCCUGAUUUCGAUCCUGACCAGGAGAUCGAGUUCAUUCACUUGGGCCGCCUUAGAGGCGCCCGAAGAUCCUAUUGAUCCUUUGUUUGACAUUCCUGCUGAUUUUGAUAUGGAUCUUGUUGACCCGGAGCCUGUCGUGGCCCCAGAGCCUGUAGCUGCUCCUGAUCCUACACUAGAGUAUGACCCUGUUCAUGAUGAUGCACCAGCCAUUACACCUCUUGUUAACGAUAUACCCAUUGCUGACCCCCCAGUUGUUGCUCCACCGUUGGUGGAUGACCCUGUUGUUGAUGCGCCGAUUCCUGAUCCUGUGCCGGUAUUGUAUGACCGUGCACCUUUUGCUGCUCAUAUAGAUCCACGAUAUGCCGACACCCACAACGGGUGGAUCGAUGACGAUGACGAUUACCCACCAUUUGUGUUACCUGUUACACCUCCAGUAGCCCUCGUUUCAGCACCCAUUGAUAUCCCGUUGUUUCCCCCACACACCACAGACGCUCACCGCACUGAUCUCCCUAUUACGUUCCUUCAGGACAUACCACCAUCUCGUCCUGGAGAGGGGUCAUCUAGGCAGCCGCCUGUUUUUGCUCCACCCGUGCUGUCAUCACCUUUUCCGUUUGCAUCACAGUUUCCCCAUGUUGCACCACCUACUGCACCAUCCUUCACUCCAUCGAUCGAGCCAUUUUUAUGGAAUACGCCCCCUAUCAUGCCAUUGUCUGAUCCGUACCACCCAUACCAUGUUGGGUAUUCUACGGAGUACAUCCUUACAUCCUUGAUGAUACAGCAGGAGGCAUUGACACGCCGUAUACAGGAGUUGGAGAGAGCUCCACGACCACCUUACCAAUAUCAGACCCCAUUUCACCUGAUUCAGACGUCCGUUUCUUGA